GGAAAUCUCAACGCGCAAACCUUCUCGUCUGGUUGCGAAUUCUAAAUACUUCAGCCCCUCUACCCCCCCACCCUUCUCUUGGGUCUUACACGGCGCGUCAGCACUUAUUGCCUCCCGGGGCUCUUGGAGUGCUAGGGUGGUGCAAAACCAAUACCACGGCAGAGGACGGAUUACGAUACCGAUACGAGUACAUUCCUUCCUUGUGGCUGUACGUACCAUAUAUAGGCCGGUCGCCAUCACACAAUCUGUAAUUCACUAGGACAUCCAGUGCCUCCGCUUUACCGCCUUUCUUCAUUGCCCAACAGAAAAGGCCGAUUGAACUGAAGCCUUGGAUCUCAACCGCGAACCACUGCAACCACUGCAACCUGCAACCACUUCACACCCCUUGUCGCUUUCGCUCUCCGUUCCUAUUCGGCGACUGAAGCGUAGGCAAGAUCCGACAUAAAAAAAAAAGAAGGCUGCGGUUUGGGCAAUCGCUUGCCCCUUUCUUCUUCUUUCAUUGCAGUGCAUUGCCUUUGUUGUCCUCUCCGGCGACUUGGCUCCCUUGCCUUCACGGGCACUCGUUACAAACGUCCCCGAACAUUGCCAAGGGCAGUUAGGCGGCUACACACCCCAACCCGACAUUCACCACAAUUGCCCACAUUAAACCGUUCACCAACCGCCGACUUCGACAUCCCUCGACGACACGGUCCUGAGUUCCUGCGCAAACCUUGCAAGUGCUUGCGAAGGAAUUGGAUGCCAUUGAUCCCCAGUUCCCACCGAAUAUCUUGUCCUCAGACCACCGCGACUCAGCGACACGUCAGCCUUGCAGUUUGCUCUCUCCUGACAUCUUCCCGCAUCGCUCCAAGCAAACCCACCACUCCAACCGCGGCACCGAGUCAUACUCGACCUCGCUGUUGUUCGAUUGCUUUAUACUUCCAUUUUAUGGCUGGCUGUUUGCGAGGGGCCCUCCUUAUUCAAUAAACUCGUCUAGGCGCCACAUCGUUGGCUUUGGAAGAACAAGGACACGCAAGCAGACACCGAAGGAUCCACCAAUACGAUUCCCAACAACAUGGCACAACACGGAUUCCCAAUGGGCGGGCACAGUGGAGGAGGCAUUGACCCGAACGACCUGGCCAUGGGGGCCAAUUUUCAUGGCUCCUUCCAAAACAACUACCUCAACCACACCAACAACUCGUCGAAUGGGUUUUCUAGCGGCUCAGCUUUGUUUGGAGACGAUGAACUUCUCGAUGGUUUGAACAGUCCCAGUGACCCUCAUGUCGGAAUGCAGGGUCAUGGGCAAGACUUUGGCGGAAUGAACGAUGUUGGCAUGAACUUUCCGGAUUCUUACCAUCAAAGCCUGCCCAUCAACCAAGCUCAUACAAACGGCUAUUCGAGCACUCCCGACGGCGACCCGAUAGCAUCGCCAUUUGUCCAUAACUUUUCGCAUUUUCGGCAAAUGCAGCACCCUCAAUCCUUUGGAACAUCGCUUCAGUCGCCCAUGUCAUACGCUGGGUCACCAUUAGCGAAUACCGACAUAAACAGUGACGGGACUGACCCAAAUUUCUUGAGCGCAAAGGCACAUACCAGGAUACCGCAAACCAUGCAGCGCAAGUCGUCCACCACACGAAGCCCUCUUACCCCCAAGGCGAUAGACAUGGCCGGACUGUCGGUGAACUCGGGAUCAUUUGGCCCUCAGCCUAUCAGAACAUCAGGCCCCCACCAUGAGAAGUCCCAUUCCGCGCAAUGGAUGCAAACCCCACAGAGUCUCUCCUCGUUUCCUGGGUCUGGUUUCUCAUCACCUCUUCAGGCAGGCCUUCAUGGCCCCCAUGCUCAGAUCAAUGACAUUCUGUUGAAGGGCGGCACAUCCAUGCCCGCCAAGCUUGGCACCGCGACCUCCUCUGUGUCGACACAAGAAGCAAAGAGGAAGAGGAGGCGCGAGUCACAUAACCUCGUUGAAAGACGGAGACGUGAUAAUAUCAACGAGCGCAUUCAAGAUCUUAGCAAGCUUGUCCCUGCCCAUCGUCUAGAGGAUGAAAAAAUUCGCAAGGCAAUUCAAAACGGAACGCCCCUUUCACCCACGCUUGCGGGCAUUUCAAGUCCUUCCCAAGCCACAUCAGCCCUAGCUGGACCUGGAGCCAGACGAGCGGCUGGCAGCACGGCUGGAAACAUUACGACAGGCCUGCCGAUUGAGGAGAAGGAUAAGGGUCCCAACAAGGGCGACAUUUUGAAUGGUGCGGUGAGCUGGACUCGAGAUCUUAUGUGGAUGGCCUACCUCAAGAUUCAACAACAAGAAGAGCUCAUCAAUGCCUUGUUGGAGCGCGGGGGUACGGUACCCUUUGAGAUCACCGAUGAUGAGAAGCGGAUGCAGACAGAGCUUAUGGAGGCCAUUGCCAGAGGAGAGGACGGUAGCGGGAAGACCCGGGGUUUCUCGUACUCUCGCACGGCUGGCACUGGCCUUCGCGUUCCCCAUCAUACGGACUACAAGGGUGAGCCCUUGAACACCAACGGUGUCAAUGGCGAACACCUCUCCACCAGUCCUGCCCAUGGUGGCGCCGACGGGAAGUUCAACGAUGGCCUCGAUGCCGGCGACUUCCUUGAAUAUGAGGAUGACGGCGCUGACAUGGAGUUCAAAGAGGAGGACGAGUAUGGAAUGGACUUGACUCAAUGAUCGUAGGAAUCGGAUUUGGUGGAUCGCGAUGCUAGUGUGGAUUAUAGUUUAUCUUCUCUUUUCUUUUUUUACGAACGCAGGGCCGGGGGGCUUUCUCAUCUCUUAACCAUCGCUUGGAACCCUAUGGACAUAUCAUCUAUUAUCUCGGCCAUGAUCAUCACUUGACAGGCUUUCAUAUCCCUGAUCUGCAUUUUCAUCGCAGCGGCACAUUGGGAACGGGGUCUAGGUACUUAGCAUUUCACUGGUCGUUCAGGGAUUGAGCACAAAUGUGAUUUGGCACAUGGGCGUACAGACUGGGUCUUGUUUUUUUUUAUUCUGUUUCGGGUUUCCUUUCUAUUCUUUCUUUUUUAGCUGUCGAUCUUGUUUUCUGACCGAGCAUCAUGUGUACACGGAAGGCAUGACGGCUUACUUCCUCGGUACGGCGCUUGCGUGAUAGUGCAGAGGGAUGGUGUUUUUUGUUUUUUUUCUUUUCUUCUUGUUUUGGAAGUAUCAUUCUUAGCGUAACUCUGCUGGCUCGGUUUCUUCGGUGUUACAUCUGUCCUUGUUUUGUUUUAUGGUGCCGGUCACUAUGGCGUAUUACGUGGGUUUCUCCUGCUCAUGACGAUUAUACCUCAGGCGCUUUGGAGGAUUCCAUCGGGGUAGCAUGAAGGAGGAGUUGGCUUUGUUUCUCGUCGAUUCUAUCUAAGAAGCAUGACAAUCACCGCUCUAUUCGAUCGAUUACUUGCACCACACCAUACUCGUACCCAAGCUUGGUGACUCCCUAUGAUAUCGAUCAAUGUGCCCUCAAUCCGACAAACCCG